UUUCAUAGUUGUGUUGUCCCACAAAUAACCCCAUCAUGACCAAGCUGCUGGAGUGGCUGUUUGGGGUGUCCCUGAUCGGCGUUGCCUGACUGGUGACCUUUGACCUACUGGACCUGAGGUUGCCACCAGUGUACCAGGAGGUGGCGUGGCCCAUGCCAGUGUACCUGCUGGUGGCCUUUGGCUGCUACUCACUGGCCACAGUGGGCUACCGGGUGGCUACUUUCAACGACUGUGAGGACGCCGCCAAGGAGCUCCAGGCUCAAAUCCAGGAAGCCAAAGAGGACCUGAGGAAGAAAGGAUUAAAAAUGUGAGACGACAGACUCUUGAGACUGUGAUGCACAUACACACUGACUUACUCACUCAGGCAUGCACUUACUCACAUAACACACACACACACACACACACACACAGUUCAUAAGAAGAUUUCUGUCUCAUGAAUACACACACACCGCAGUCACCAUAUGGACAUAAUUUGCUAAGAGACAUUGACGUGUUUGCCAGCAUCAUUUUCAUAAACAUUUUUAUAAGUCCUGGCACAGCCAAUAUAGAAAAAAAUCAUGAGCUACUGAGAUUUGUGAGAUUGUUACUAUUAUGAUGCGUGAUAACAAGACUGUCCACUCUCCAAAUAUGUGUCCAUCUCAAACUGCUCCUUUUCUAGGAGUGCUGUGGGCGGGCAAAUGCGAGACACUCAUAUGCCACUUAUGUGAUGGGACUGUUAUCUGACAGAAAGCACUCGACUGCCAGCUAGGCCCCGCACACAACUCUAGGGCAUGAAUAUUAAGCUGAGGCUGGAUGGGGAUGUGUGGGUGGGGUGAGCUGGCCUCCCUGGGGGGUUUGCCCAUCUUAUUAAGUCAAAUAGCUGUGUGCUUAUGCUAAUGAGGGCCCAGUGUAAGGUUACUCUCGAAUUAGACUUUCUGAUGUGGCCCGGCGGAGUUGCUGUCCUCCGCGGCUCCAGUGGUGGUCGGACGGAGUCCGGAGCAUUCCGCAUGUGUCCGAGGGUUUUUCUCUCUCUCUCUCUCUCUCUCCUCUCUCUCUCUCUCUCUCUCUCUCUCUCUCUCUCUCUCUCUCUCUCUCUCUCUCUCUCUCUCUCUCUCUCUCUCUCUCUCUCUCUCUCUCUCUCCUGCCAUAGUGGGGAGCUGUUGCUCUGUCAUUAAAAACUCCCUGUUGAAAA